AUGGAUGGUGCAAGUGAUGAGAGUGAUGAGGAGGCGGACGAGGAGGGGGAGGAGGAGGAAGACAAAGGAGAAGCACGAACAGAUGCUGAAUCAGAUGCUGAAUCAGAUGCUGGAUCAGAUGCUGGAUCAGAUGCUGGAUCAGAUGCUGGAUCAGAUGCUGGAUCAGAUGCUGGUAAAAGAAAUUUCACGGCGCCGGUCGUCAUUGUCAGGCGUGAUGCUGCUGAUGGCUCCGCCUGCACUGACGCUGCUGGCGGAUCUAGCUCCCACAUGCGCAGCUGCUCUGCCAGGGAUGCGUCACGACAGAACCUUGCUACAGCCAGGGAUGAGACGCAACAGAGCCUUGCUACAGCCAGCGGUGGAGGUGAAGGUAGUGCGAGUGUUGCUGGCAGUGGCAGUGGUGGCGCGAUGCACACGCACAGGAGGGUGAGCAGGAGGGCGAGGGUGACUUGGCAGGAGUUUAUCGUUGGUCUGGCGGGAUGCUGCAAGGAAGCUUCGUCAGCAGCUCGCAUGAGAAGGCUGCUGCGAGUCAUGUCUCUCAUUCGUGUGGCGCUCGUCCCGCCAUCCGCCUGCUCCCCUGCGUUACAGUCACAAUCCUCACAGUCUCAGAGCGUACAGUCACAGAUUUCCAGCUUGGAUCAGAAUGAUGCUUGUGCCUGCAGUGACGAGCCCAGCAGCCGUUUCCCUGUGAUGCCGUCCAUCCCAUGCGCUCCCUCCGUGCCCCAAGCCCCGCUCUCCACGCCACACAACCUGCAGGGAGAAACUCAAUCGCAGCCGCAGUUGCAGCAGCAGCAGCAGCAGCAGCAGCUAGGGGUUGGGGAAGGUGAGAGCGGGGAGGUGCAUGCAUGGCACGUGUGGCUUCUCUUCCUCACGUGCUGGGCCAUGGGGCAGCAGGUGGAGACAUUGGGCCAAGACAAGGCAGGCCAUGGUAUUAAAGUUGGUGAUGGGGGUGCUGAUGGGGGUGCUGAUAGUGAUGGGGAUGGGGAUGGGGAUGGGGAUGGUGGUGGUGGUGCUGAUGCUGAUCUCCCCAAUGUGGCAGCACACACCAGUGGCCAGUCUACCAUACCUUCAAAUGUGCUCCACAUGCUUCAGAGCCUUGCCCAAGGAGCUGUUUCAGCUGCUGCGAGUGCCACUGAGAAUGCUGCUGCCACAAAGAACGCUGCUGCUAUUUCCGUGCCUGCGCCUGGUGCUGCUACCGAUAGCGGAUCAGCCUAUAACGGGUCUCUGCCUCGCCUGGAGUCGGCAGAGCUCGUGUCAUGGCUGCUGGGUCGGCUGCCGGGCCUCUCCACCCGCCUCUCAGCCUUUGUGCUUCACCGCUUCGCCUCUGCUUCACACGCAGAUGACUCCUCUCCUUCAACCACGCAUGAUGCCAGCAAGGCAGCACUCACGCACGAUGUCCCUGCUCCUGCUGCUUCUUUCCUUCCCACCGUUACAAGCACGUCUGCUGCAUCCACUGAAAGCACUGAUUCCACCAAUACGAGCCCGGAAGCCAUUCCACGUGGCAUUGCCUGGGCGCUUGACAUGGCGUUUCCGGACCCUCUCAGUGCAGCAGGAAUGUCACGGGCAGGAGCGGCAGGAGCAACUGGAGCAACAGGAGCAACAGGAGCGGCAGGGCCAGGGGCAGGUGCAGGGCCAAGAGAAACACGUGGUGCAGGAGGGGGGCAUAUGGUGCAUGGUGCGCAGCUGCUGUACCGGGCAUCCCUGCAUGGCCGUGGCAUUCGAAGGUUCAUGGCUCAAGCUGAAGGCUAUGGUGGUCCCUGGUUGCUGCUGCUCUCCCUCCGCCACCCGCCCUCCUCCUCCUCCUCCUCCUCCUCCUCCUCCUCCUCCUCCUCCUCCUCCUCCUCCUCCUCCUCCUCCUCCUCCUCCUCCUCCUCCUCCUCCUCCUCCACCUCCCCCUCUCACUGUCACUGCGGGGGUCUCCUCUCUCACUGCACCCGCCUGUGCAUGGCAAAGCAGCCCCCGUGGCUGGUGGGAGUGAUGGCGUCUGCUGCUGUGGCCAAUGCUGAUACCUAUACUGGUGACGCCAGGGGUUGCGCUUUAAUGCAGCUCUCGCCCUCCUUCGCGCUCUACAAGCCCACUGGGGCAGCAGGGGGGAAGGCAAGGGUGUUGGGGAUAGGCGUGGGGGGCAGCAGGGGGAGGGAGCGGGUGUGGGUGGAUGAGGAGUUUCGAAGCGCCAUUGUGAGGCACCAUGCAGUGGAUAAGACCUUCCAACCGGGUCACCUGCACCCUGACCAGGGCUAUGCGGAGCUGAGUGUGCGUGUAGAGGAUGUGACUGUAUGGGGUUUAGGUGGCAAGGCAGCAGAGGACAAGAGGGUGGCGUUUCAGCAGCGCGAGCAGCUCUUUACUGAGCAGAGGAGAAAGGUGGAUUUGGCCAAGUUUGUGGGCAAGUGGGAGGAUGCGCCUGAGAGGGUCAUGCUGGACAUGGUCACCAACCCCAACAAGCCCUCCAAGGAGGAGCGGUAG